CGAAGGGAGGGGAUCGAAGCGGCAGACUGAUGUUGCGUUGUUGGUCAACUUGGUCUCCGUUCCGAAGAGUUGCCUCUGUGCUCAUGGCCCCAAAACUCAAACCUCAACCUCACGUUGCAGAAGCAGGGUUUGAGCGAUUGGGCAAGAGAGUUAGGACAAUGAGCUCUCAGUCUUCCAUCAAAGAUUCUUUCUCCAACUACGCCGAGUACCUCAACAACCUCAACGAGAAGCGGGAANNNNUGGUGAAAGUUAGUCGUGAUAUCACCAUGAACAGCAAAAAGGUUAUAUUUCAGGUCCACAGACUGGGUAAAAACAACAAAGAGGAGGUCCUUGAGAAGGCGGGAAAGGAUUUAGAAGCAGUGAGAAAGCAGCACAUUUACCGUCUAAUAAAAGAGCUUCAAGGGACCGACUUUUGGAAGCUUAGACGAGCUUAUUCUCCCGGGGUGCAGGAGUAUGUUGAAGCUGCAUCCUUCUACAAAUUCUGCUUAACUGGGCAACUUUUGUUUCUCGAUGAGAUCAAUUCUACUUUGUUAGCACUUAACGAAACGUCCUUGGAGCCACUGCAAAUCAAUGUCCUUGACUAUCUUCUCGGGCUUGCGGACUUGACUGGAGAACUGAUGCGUUUGGCUAUCGGUCGGAUAUCAGACGGUGAAGUUGAAUUCGCGGAGAGGAUUUGCCAGUUUGUCCGACAGAUUUACAGAGAACUGAUGCUAGUUGUGCCCCACAUGGAUGAUAAUUACGACAUGAAGAGCAAGAUGGAAGUAAUGCUUCAAAGUGUCGUCAAAAUAGAAAACGCAUGCUUUAGCGUUCAUCUAAGAGGAUCAGAGUAUAUUCCGCUGCUUGGAGCAGACGCACCAUCGUCAUUUCUACUGGGAGACCCUGAUGCUGAAUGAUGCACUUGAGGUUCGCUACCUUUCAAGAACAUUUUGUAGAAUCUCGUUAAACCCGUUAUGUUUUCUGGAUAGAUGUUAGUUAUCAGCUAUCAAGGGAACGUUUUAGUAUAAUCCGGCAACUUCCUUCCCUGUGAUCUUUCAGAAGCAAAUCAUCUAUUUGUACGUUAAGAAUGUUCUUCCAAGCCUUAGUCAGGACUUUUUGUGCUAAUCUGAACCAGAGGCUCCUCCAUCA